AUGGCGGCAAAGAGCAAAGGACGCACACUUCUCGUGCGUCUCAUCUCCACCGCCCAAACGGGCUUCUUCUACACCACCCAGAGGCUGCGAAACGGGCCUAGUCUAGCAGCUGUGAAGUACGAUCCAAAAGUAAAACAAAGAGUUUUGUUUGUUGAGAGCUCCAAGACCGCUCGGAAAUCUGCUGCUGCGAAGAACUGA